UUGGCUCGUAGAAGCAGGAGAACAAGCAUGAGUUCAAGCUAAUCAGAGGCCAGCAUGGUGUGCACCCCUGGACUCCCAGCACUUACAAAGUAGGGGUAGGGGAUCAGGAUUUUAAUGCAAGCCUCAGCUCCAUGAAACGCUUAUCUCAACACCACUUAUACCUGCCCGACAAAAGGAACAAAGGUUAGACUUCAUACCUGAUUCUUUCCUAGUGUUGAAGACCUUUGGACCACAUUGUAAACUGAGAAGAGACAAACAAACCUGUAGAAAAACAGCUUUAGAACAUCUUGUUCUGUGACUAGCAAGAAGUACUUGUACCAAACAAUACAGCUGGUCGUAUCUUCCUAGAGGACCCUGUCCUGGGGUGAGGACUGUGAUGAUGUUGCAAUUUCCAUUUACCCACAGUGAUCUGGCAACUGACCACAGGCUAGAUCUUUCACAUUCACUCUCUACUUUAGGAAAUGAAUGUGGAAAUUCAAGUGUGUUAAUACCACAUCCAAUAAAGGUCAUAAAGCCCAGCAUAGUGGCCUGUGCCUGAAAGUUCCUCCUAAGGUAGAAAGAUCACUUGAGCCGAGGAGCUCAAUACCAAUCUGAACAAAAUAAGAAAUCCUUCAUAUCAAAAUAAUAAUAGCAGACAUGAGCCUGGGCUUUAAGAUAUAAGAGGGCAAGAUCAUGAACAUGUUAGAUGAUUUCGAACCUGUCUGUGAGAACUUUUCACUUACAUACGUGAUCCACCUGCCUCUGCCUACCCAGUCCUGGGUGUAAUGAUGUGUGCCACCAAAUCCAACUUGUUUCACAUUAUUUUCGUGGUACUGCUGGGAAUUCAAAGCUGUUUACUUAAGUGGCAGAGACCUGGCAUUUGCCUUAUAGGUUUAAUUGUAUCUCUGGUUGUUAAUCCUAGGCAUAGUUUUUGUUUUGAUAUUUUGAUUGGUUGUUUUUGUUUCUGAAUCAAAUAGUAAUUAAUGUUAAACCUGUGACAUAAACUUCUGAUGCUUUAUCCGGGUUAUGCAGUUGUAUGGGUGUGGAGUCUGGCUUUUUUUUUGUAGUUUUCUAGCCCUGCCAGCCCAUUGUAUGUUAUAGGAAUAACACUGGCUGCUGUUUUAUAGUAGAGAUUCAAAGAAGGAAGACAUCACUUCACAUGCACCUUUCUCGAAAAACUCUAGAAUUUAUUUGGGUUUCAUUUUCAUUUUGACGAUGCUAGUGACCAAACCCAGGACCUCUGGCAUGCUACACAAGCACUCUACCAGCUGGGCUAUAUCUUCAGCCUCUAUAAUUUUUAUGUUGCCUCACUAUGUAGACCAGGGUGGCCUCAAACUUGAAGAUCUGCCUGCUUCUGCCUUCCCAGUGCUGGGACUAAAGAAUGUGCUACCACAUAUAGCCUGCCCCUUUAGUUCUACUUGUUUUCUCAGUUUGUUUUGAUGAAUCAUUUUAAUUAAAUAUUAGUAUGUAGACCUCUUCUUGCACUACACCUCCUCAGAUUAUAGCUUCCCAUACUCUUGUGUUUCAUUUCUGAAUAAGUAGGCAGUCCCCCGCCCCCGAACCAGUUGUUACAGCUCCUUAUAGUGCUCUGUCUUGUUACUCUGCACACAGUAUUCAUUACUUAAUAUAAGCUAUGCCCCUGUUUGUUUCCCCUUUUGUAGUUCCAGCUACCCAAGAUUCUCAAAGCAGGAGAUUGGGAGUUACCCUAGCUUACCUCCAUUUUCCUCAGCCUGUCCUUGAUCAGAUCACUUCACCUUCCACCUUUAAAUUUUUAUUACAAUUAUUGGGGAGAGGGACAUACACAUGUCAUUGUGCCUAUGAAGAGGUUAGAGGACUGCUUGCAGGAAUUGGUUCUUUUCUUCCACUUCAUGAGGUUGGAGCUUAGAUCAUCAGGCUUGGCUGUUAGUGCCUUAAUCUGAUGAGCCAUUUCACUGGCCCCUACUUUGUUGUUCUGUAUAUCUGAAUUUCCUCCAUUUCUGUCUCCAUUGCCACUGCCCAAUGGACUCAUUUUCAGAAUCACCAUCCUCUCUACUCCAUGCCCCUACUCUUAACCAUUAGGCUAUUUUCUCACUUUCUUUAAAAGUUGAAAUUGUCAAGACAGUUAUCCAGUCUGCUUAGGCAUGCACCACUUUGUAAGAGCCUCCAAUACCUUUUGGGGAACAAUAAAAUAUAUAUACACCUGCUACCUGGAAUGUGAUUUUUAAAACCUGCAGCUUAUGCAUUAACAGGAAUUGUCCGUCCUAUCAAGCUCAGCCAGGCUUGGUGGUGCAUGCCUUUAAGCAACGGUCAGAGGUAGAGCUUUAAAUCAAAAGCCAGCCUGAUCUAUGUACCAACUGCAGGCCAGCUAGAUCCUGUCAGGCCAGUGAGAUCCUGUCUAAAAUAAUAAUAAUAAAAACAAUACUGUCCACUCUGUCAAACCUAUCUUUGUUCCUUUCCAGAGAGCUAACAGGCUAAGCCUUCCUCACCAAGUCUAUAGUUAGCUAUGUCCAUCAAAGGGCUGACCUCUGCACUCAUGAUGUCUUGGCUACAGCUUUCCCUGUUCCCAUCCCCUAGUUUGCUGAACUUUGAGUAGACCUGGUGUCACAUUCAAAAAGCCUAUGAUUUCCUGUUAUGCUACAAGCACAAAAGGCUUGUAUGCUACAAGCUACAAAGCUGGGCUGAAGGACCCAAACUCUAGUCACUCAAGAUCUGUGGGCAUGUUUCCAUCAAAAAGCUUGGUUAAUAAGUACAUUACUGUCUGAAACUGUUGGAAGAAAUGGGUACAACCGUACCUCCCGACAUCCAGGAAUAAUUAGCAAAUAAACUCUCAAGUCAGAGCAGAUCCUGAGAGCUCCUAGGCAAGUGGUCGGAACCCUCAGGCUGAGUGACUGGCCAAUGGCCCACCCCGGGUGUGACGUAUCCUAGUGGUGUUGCCUGCUGCCACACGUGGUCAGCUGAGACUGCCUGCCUACACUUCAGACCUGUUUUCCCGUGCUUUCAAGGCACCCGCUGUUGCCUUCCUACUGCUCGCUAUGUCUGCCUCUAGAAGUUGCCCUAUUCCAGGGUGUCGAGACCGGCUCUCAGAUAGCUACGGCACCACGCCGGGGGGUACACUAUGUGCCACCACCCCGGGAGGCACCAGGAUCAUCUACGACCGAAAGUUCCUGCUGGAGUGCAAGAAUUCUCCCAUUGCCCGGACACCUCCCUACUGCCUCCCUCAGAUUCCCGGGGUCACAAUUCCCCCAGUCCCACCCUCCAGGCUGGAGCUGCUGAAGGAACAGAAGCAGACAGAGGAAGAGACAACCGAUGACGAACAAUUUGAAAUGGACAUGUAAUCCAGUGCAAGAUGACCUGUGUGGAGUUACGGAUCUCUCAUGCCACUGUUGCCACCACCUCUUCUAGGGUAUUCAAGGGCAGCUGGCCUCAUCUAGUCUGGAAGAGAGACUUGUUGGUUCUGGGCUUCCUUUAGUUCUGAGGCAGCUGGACCAGGGAUAGCAGUGGACACUUGCCAAGGCCUCAACUUUCUCUGGUCUAUACAUAUUCCUCCCAAAUCCUGGCCCUCAGAGCUGGCACUGGGGAACAGAAUAUGUCACCUUCUGGCUGCUUAGUAAACAUUCAAUGAAA